AUGGCGGCUCAAGAAUACUAUCACCCGAACUCGCACGUUGAGCAUCACAGGGUGCAUUUCACACCGUCUCCUGCACCGGAGAUGGAGUAUGGAUGGAGGGAUGAUAAUAAACAGCAAUCUGCCAACCCAUACGGUCAGUCAUACGAUAAUAAUCAGCAUCUGCAAGGAUAUCACCAUCCUCAACCCCACGCACAACCUCCACAGUCGCAGUAUCAACAUCAAUACCCGCCCCAACCCCCAUAUCCACAAGCACAGCAACAACCACCAUACCAGCAACCUCAACACCCAGCUCCUCAAUACCUCUACAACCAACAAAACCCCCAAACAACCCAACUCGUCCACCAACCUCAACCCCAACAACCCCAAUCCAUCCUCCGCCCCAGCCGCUCCUACUCCGAACCUCCCCCCGACGACCACCACCACCAUCACCACCGACACUCCCGCUCCCCCUCAACAUCAUCCUCGCGCUCCCGCUCCCGCGAACGCGGAUACUACGCCGAAAAAGCACGCGGGCAGCAUCAGAAGAAAACAGGGUCGAAAGCGCGGAAUGGCACAUUCUGGGGCGCGGCAGGGGGUGCGGCGUUGGGUGAUUUGAUUGUGCCGGGGUUAGGCACGGUGGGGGGUGCGUUGUUGGGGGGUGGGCUGGGGAGACAUGCGGGGAAGAAGAGGGAGGAUGGGAAGGGUAAGGGGAGGAGUAGGAGUGAGAGGGGUGGCGGGAAGAGGGAUAAGUAUGAUGAUAUUUGGGAGGAGGGACGGAGGAGGAGGGGGGAGGGUGGUGGGGAAUCGAGGAGGGAGAGGGAGAGGAGUCGGAGGGGGAGGGGAGGGGAUAAGUAUGAUGAGUUGUGGGAGGAGGGGAAGAGGAGGAGGGGUGAGUAG